ACGCGUUUAAAGCAGUAUAAGAAUUACGAGAACCUCUCUCGCCCUCGAUUCGAGCUUCACAAGGAAUGCUUGGAAGUUGAGAAGGGAAAGACUUUCUAUGACUUUGAGUUCAACACACGGCUUGUCAAAUCCACAAUUGUUCAUUUUCAGGUAGAGACUUCUUCUCUUUACACUCACCUGUUUAAAUGAUUUCAUGUUUCAUCAACAAAAAAAAAUAAUUACCAUCUUUUUGGCGCAUGCUUCACAUCGUUUUAGCACUGAAUUUCUCAUGUUUUGCUCAAAAAAUUUAUUUCAAUUGGAGUUCUUCAUUAUAAUUAUUAUUUCAUACAAGUGCAUUUUUAUUUAUUUAUUUAUGGUCAAAUGUCUUGAUGCAUAAGUACUUCAUGUUCUCGUUGCACAAAGCCCUUCAUGUCUCAUAUCUUAAAAUCUCAAUAAACUGCUGCACAUCAUCGGAUCCAUGCUUAAUGCAAUUGCUGAAGAGCAAAUACAAAUUGCCACCACAUAUUUAAAUUGAUCUCCUAACAGAUGGUCUACACAUCGAUCAUGCAAAAUCAUUAUAGUUUUGCAGGUUUUGUGAUUAUAUUAUAUCCUUUAUGGACAUCUUUAAAUGCGAUUAUAGCUCUGUGCCUGAACUUGUCAGAGGUAUGGAGUUCAAAAUUGAUCAACUUUAUGCUAGGUUUAACAUUUCUCUAAUUAUUUGGGAUGUAAUCGACUUAUGAACAACUGACAAAAGUUUUCCAGCUUAAAUUAUCAUCCAUUGAGGCCAUCUACCAAUUCCCCUGCAGGCCUACGAGCUGGUGAUUAAAUCUUUCCUGGAUUUUAAAGCAUAUUUCUUGGAAAUUGAUCUGAGAGAAAUUUCCUCACUCUUUAGCUCACCAUUAGCUUUUGUGAAAUAUUUGAAUGCUCCCAAGCUAAACAGCAUAGAGCUGGGGUUCGUAUUUACUAAUGGUUUUGCUGCAGAUUUUUGAAGGAUGCUUACUUUGUUCAUGCACUGGUUAGCAGUUUCUCAAAUUUUAAUAAAAUUGAAAUAUCAAUCUUAAAUAGGUACAAUUCAUGACUGAUAGUUGUAUGCAGUAGCAUUCAAUUAGAUAUGGAUGCAUGGCAAUUAUGGUGUGAAAUGGAAUUCCUGAUCAUAUGUGAUUACUGAAUAAAUGCAUGCUUCAAAUAACAAACAAAGUUGAGUGCGCACGUGACUUUCUUACACCAUAGAUGCACACAUAGCAGCGUACACAUUAUAGAUGCAUCUGCAAUCAAGCAGAUACUUCCAUCAACACACAUAUCAUCAAACAAUUGUACAUUACCAUGUUAACAAUAUCAUCAAACAAUUGUUUUAAGGAUUCCGGUGGUAACUAUUUCAAAACUAAACUGAACUCACAUUAGCAUUGUAUAUUUACUUACUCUGCAACAGCUGAAAACUUUUGUAGAGAGCAUGAAACUGUGGAACUUAAUUGUAAUGGAUUAAUGUUUUGGUAUUCUCAUUCAUGCUUCCUUUUGACCAUCUAUCUGCUGGAUGUUCUAGCUAUGCAUUGUUGGCUGAGACCUUCAUAGCACUUGCUACUUGGUACUUAUCGUGAUACUUGUUUGUGUUCUAUCGUCUCUCGACCUAUGUUUCAUGUUCAUGCAUUGCAAUAUCUCAAUAGUUUCUCUGUUCUUUCAGUUGAUUGUUGACCUAUGUUUCAUGUUCAGGCAUUGCAAUAUCUCAUAGUUUGUAUGUUCUUUCUUUUGAUUGUUGAAUAUAUUGUUUGGCUUAACCAAUCUGUGCCAUUUAGGACUGUCAUCUCGUUAUCUCAGCCUUUUAAGCAGGGUGGAAGUUCUAUCUGGGCAGCUGGUGCAGUUAAAGAUUCGUUGUUUAUAUGCUGAGGAAUCUGCUGUGGGCAACAUCAAAGCAUGAUGUUUACCUUAUGCAAAAUUACUCAGUUAUGCAUUGGUCAUCACUACUGCGGCGAGGCAAAGAACUACUCAAUGUGGCCAAGCCAGUUGCUCCAACCCGGCAAAGCCCAGGAUUGUUGUCUCAGUCACUCUCCAGAGUGCAGAUAAGCACUAUGGCUGUCAAAGAGAACUUAAUGGUGGCAGGUGGUUUCCAGGGAGAACUUAUUUGCAAGUGUUUGGAUCAACCUGGAGUUGCAUUCUGCUCAAAGAUAACAACAGGUGAAAAUGCUAUAACCAAUGCAGUGGAUGUAUACCGUAACCACAAUGGCUCAAUGAGGAUUAUGGCCGCAAACAACGAUGCUCAAGUUAGAGUAUUUGAUGCCGAAACUUUUGCUUCCCUCCAUUGUUUCUCCUUUGACUGGUCUGUAAAUAACACCUCUGUUAGCCCAGAUGGUAAGCUGCUUGCAGUGCUUGGGGACAGUGCUGAGUGCUUGAUUGCCGAUUCUAAUUCUGGGAAAGUGACUGGAAGCCUCAAGGGGCAUUUGGAUUAUUCCUUUUCAUCAGCCUGGCACCCUGACGGGCUAAUUUUGGCCACUGGAAACCAAGACACUACAUGCAGGCUGUGGGAUAUAAGGAAUCUGUCCCAGUCCCUUGCAGUAUUAAAAGGGAAUAUGGGAGCAAUAAGAGCUCUAAAGUUCACCUCAGAUGGCAAGUUUUUGGCUAUGGCUGAGCCUGCAGAUUUCGUCCAUGUUUUUGAUACACAAUCUGAUUACCUCAAAUGCCAGGAGAUAGAUCUAUUUGGGGAGAUUGCUGGCAUUUCUUUCAGCCCCGAUACUGAAGCUCUUUUUGUUGGUGUUGCCGACCGUACUUAUGGUAGCUUGUUAGAGUUCAACAGGAGGCAUUACAAUUUUUACCUGGACUCAAUAUUCUAGUGAACCUUCCACCGACGGAGGCUUAAGUACUGUGCAUAUUAAUGUUAUUUUUAGCGUGUUGGAGCUUUGUUUGUUAGUCUUUGAAGUUGGCAACAGCAAUCCAAGGACGCAUACCCAGACGGAAACUCAGUUCCCCCACCGGGGUUUUUUGAGUUGCUUAAUUUCCAGUCAAUUCAGAGCAUUGGGCCUUCGAGAAGCCAACCUUCUUUUUUUCUUUACUUUUUUGUGAAGACGAAUUCUUUGAAGUGGUAGAAAUAGAACAAUUUUGGUGGUGUUGUAAAUCUUCCAGGAGAUGCUGUGUUUAUCUGGAGAACAUAUUAGUUUUAAUUAGUUAAAUUCUACUUUUAGAUA